AUGAAGGCACAGUGUGCUUCUCUCUGGCUCCUGGGCACCACACUUGUCCUGUGCUCCGUGCACACCCCUGCCCUCAGGAGGUGCCCACUUUUCGUGGACAUGCAUCACCUAGAGGAGAGCUUCCAGGAAAUCAAAAGAGCCGUGCAAACCAAGGACACCCUACAAAUCAUCACCACCCUGUCCACAGUGGAGAUCCUGCGGAGCAUUAAGCCCACGGAUGUGUGCUGCGUGACCAAGAACCUUCUGGAGUUCUACAUGGACAGGGUUUUCAAGGACCACCAGGAGCUAAAGCCUCAGAUCUUGAGAAAAAUCAGCAGCAUUGCCAACUCUUUCCUCUACAUGCAGAAAACCCUACGGCAAUGCGUGCACAGACGGUGCCACUACAGCGAGGAAGCCACCCAUGCAACCAGAACUGUCCAUGACAACUACGAUUUGCUGGAGAUCCCUUCCGCCGCCAUUAAGUCUCUGGGAGAGCUCGAUGUCUUUCUAGCGUGGAUUGACAGGAAUCGUCGGGAAGCUGACCCUGUCUGACACCAGGAGCCUGUCCG